CCGCCUCCUCCUCCUCGUUCCAGAGUGCGAGGCGCGGAGCUGCCGGGCUCUGGCUGCGGGGGUCAUGGCGCCGCUGAGGGACUGCAAGGCCUGGCAAGAUGCUGGACUUGUCCUGUCCACGGCUAGCAAUGAAGCCUGUAAGCUGUUUGAUGCUGUGCUGACACAGUAUGCAACCUGGGCCAAUGAUGAGAGCCUUGGCGGUAUUGAGGCAUGUCUCUCCAAGUUAAAAGCAGCAGAUCCAAAUUUUACAAUGGGACAUGUCAUUGCUAAUGGUUUGGAGCUGAUUGGCACUGGAAAUUCGGUGCGGCUCAACAAAGAGCUGGACAGUGCAAUGAGAACGAUGAUGAUGCUUUCAAAAUCACAGCCACUGACUGAGCGAGAGAAGCUUCAUGUAUCAGCGUUGGACAUGUUUGCAAGUGGCCGGCUUCCAAAAGCUUGUGAUUUAUGGGAGCAGAUUCUGCAGAGCCACCCAACCGACCUGCUAGCCCUCAAAUUUUCCCAGGACACUUACUUCUACCUGGGAUAUCAUAUACAGAUGCGAGAUUCUGUUGCCCGGGUUUAUCCUUUCUGGACACCUGAUAUUCCACUAAGUAGCUACGUGAAGGGCUACUACUCUUUUGGACUAGUGGAAACAAACCUUUUUGAUCGUGCUGAGGAGGUUGCCCGUGAGGCUUUGGCUGUAAGUAAGACAGAUGCAUGGUCUGCUCAUACUAUAGCUCAUGUACAUGAGAUGAAAGCAGAGCUGAAGAAAGGGUUAGAAUUCAUGAAGGAAACAGAAACCAACUGGAAGAACAGCGAUGUGCUUGCUUGCCAUAAUUACUGGCACUGGGCUUUAUACUUCAUUGAAAAGGGUGAAUAUGAGGCUGCUUUGACAAUUUAUGACAAUCAUAUUGCUCCUCGGUGUCUGUCAAGUGGAAGUAUGCUGGAUAUAAUAGAUAACUCUUCAAUGCUGUACAGGCUUCAUCUGGAAGGUGUAAAGCUUGGAGACAGGUGGAAAAAUAUUCUCCAGCUUACAAAGAAGCACAGCAGAGAUCACAUUCUUCUGUUCAAUGACGUACAUAUAUUGAUGUCCUCACUUGGAGCCAAAGACCACAAAACUACUGAUGAGCUUUUAACAACUCUUCAGGAACUUGCCAAAGCGCCUUGUGAAGACCAUGAGCUUUCCCUCGCUCCUAGUUUGGGGUUGCCACUGUGCCAGGCAUUUGUGGAGUUUGAAAAUGGAAAUUGUGACAAAGCUGUAGACCUACUGUACCCAAUCCGUUAUCAGCUGAUCCAAAUAGGAGGCAGUAAUGCUCAGAGAGAUGUUUUCAGCCAGUUAUUGAUUCAUGCUGCUCUAAAUUCUAAAUCACAAGCCAAACAAAACCUUGCAAGGUGCCUCCUGAGAGAACGUGAUGUGAUGAGACCAAAUUCACCGAUGACAGAGCGACUUAUUAGGAAGGCAAUAGCUGUUCACUCGAUGGCAUAAGUCUUUCCUCUGUGCUUCAGCUAAAGAGCAAUAAGCUUUUCAAAAUAAGCUUUUUCAAAUAGCAUAUAAGCCAGUCAAAGUAUGGGUGCAGGGAGCGGAGGAGUGCUCUGCUGUAAACCGUGCUAGCCAUUGACGGUAGGUAAGAGUACCUUAGAGUCAGAGAUAUGAUGAUGAUUUCCUUCCAAAAAAAAUAGAGCGCUGUUUCAGGAGGUUGUAUCUUACCUGAUUCCAUAAGGAAGGAAAAAGCUAACCUGCUGAUAAUGCAUAGCUUUCCAGAGCAUCCCAGGACACUGCUUUUCUGGUAUAUUUUCCUAAAAGUUCCCUCUGAUUAUAUACAGUCCAGUAACAGGGCCUGGAUUUCAAUCCUUCAUUUGCCCAAUUUGUUACUUCAUUAAUACGUUAAAUAAUCAGUAAACUGAUCAGGUAAUUCAAAUGGGCCUUUUAAACGUAGCUAAUAGGAAAGUGUGGGGUCAGGGCCAGUACAGGGAUAAACCCAGUUCCAUAUCAGGCCUCCUAUCCAUUCAGGCGCGAGUCACAGGCUCUGGCCUGACAGAUCUGUCUGCAUUCAGGCUCUUUCCAGGUGUGUAUUGUUGAACUCCCUUUCAUAAAAUGUGUAACUUUCUCCUUUCAAUAUAACACCUCAGAGGUUUCUGAUAUUACUGUGUGAGUGAAACCAGACAAGAGGGACAGUAGCUGCCUGCAACUAUUCUAACACAGGUACUCUCUUGGCGCUUUUAAAUGUUUUAGGGAAAAAAGAAAAAAGCUUGGAUUUCAGCUCAACUACCACCAUCUCUGGAUGUUAGGUUGGACUUUUGGGAAGUCGGGCUUUACUACCAUCUCAAUAGCACAAGUCCUUACAUGUUAGCAAAGCAGAGUUUAAAAACAAUGUUUAUAGAGGUGUAUCAGAGCAGGUGAAGACUGGAAGGGAGCUUCUGCCACAGAAAGAGAGCUAAGGGGAACUGACACAAAGCUUUAUCUGGUACAAGCAAUGUGAUAAGCUUUGGUGCUGCAAACGAUGCACAAGGGGAGCCAUGUACCUCUGUGAAGUUCUUGCGCCUCUGGAUUCCUGCAGCAUAGCAGAGCUAAGAGGUUGUCUUGCAACAGUAAUUCUGUAGUCCCUCAUGAAGGGAAAGCUGAUGUUUCAAACCAAAACUGAGCUAAUGCCUCCUCUUCUUCUUCCUGAAUAGAAAUGCCUCUCAACUCUUCUACUGCCCAAGCUCUGGCUUUGAUAUCACAUCUACACACUCUCCUGCACACAGACAUGCUUGUCUACUCAGGCUCUUCCCCAUGUCCCACAUGCAGUCCCCUUUUGACCUAAAAAAGCACUUCCAUAGUUGGCCCUGCACUGCCCCUGGAGGUCCUCCGUAGAGGAAUAAGAUAUGUAUAGUCAGGUAACUUUUCCCUCGGGGAAUAUAACAAGUUGUCUUAGGGAAGAAAAGCUUGAGAACUCUGCUGGCUCCUUGUGAAGUGUGUAAUUAAUGUUAUGAUCCAUUGCUACAUAAAUAGAAGAAUGACAUUUGUAGUACUUUUAACAUAAUGUGAUUGAGAAUUUUGUCUGCUUUACAUCUAUAAAUUCAAAGAUGUGCUGAGCUGA